GCUAAUCUGUGUUUGCUAUGCUAACGCUAGCCCUGCUUGUUGGCACCGCUCUCAGGCGGCUAUGUGGGUUAUUGUGAUGCUAACGUAGCAAGACAGCCAAACCAGGUCACAGGGGUGCUGAGCGAGCAUCGGAGCCAGCAGGGCUUGAUCUGAUCUCCAACAUUGUCAUUUAUCCGGGAAGCAGCGUAAGCACAGGCACCGCAAACCCAAUGCACAAAUACGCGAGUCUUUGUUCGUGAGGGUGAUGUUGGUACCCACGUCUUAUUGUUAACUGCCUAUCUGUGUUGAGCUAAUGCAGUCUAGUCGCCCCUGCCCUAGAUUUUUGCUGUAUUACGUUAGCCGAUCAAUUCAUGACAGUCUGCGGGGUUAUGCUAACGGCUAACGGCUCCAGAUGGUUCACGGUAAAGGUCUGCCAGGAGCGAGAGAGAGGUUAAACGUGACGGCCAGGCGGAUUUACAACGUCCAUUCCUCCUGUUUCUGGGCUUGGUGGUUCGGUGACCUUCUACCCAUGAGCAACUAGAGCUCAACCUCUGACCUUGGCGUGAUCUCUCACCUCUACUACCAAACCACGCCCACAGGUGAAGUGUGUAUGGAGCAGUGUGAGAGCGCAGCGGCUCUGCUGGAGUCGGUCAGGGAGCAGGAGGUGCAGUUUGAACAGCUGACCCGGGCGCUGGAGGAGGAGAGGAGGAGAGUGGGCCUCCCCGCCACGAGCCCCUCGGCCCUGGGUCGCCCCCUCCCUCACACACAGAACGGGCGUUUAGGGGAUGCAGACAUAGAACGACUGAAACUGACUGACGCAUACAUAAACGGCACACAGUACAGAAUGGUGGAUCCUGCACACGGCGCUCUCGAUGAGAGCUACUCACCAGAAGACGACUCCCAGGAAGUGCACUCUGUUUUUUCCGAGGAGGGGACCACACGGCGGUCAGACAAUGGGAUGAAGAAACCAAUCUCGCGCACAGUCAUGCCCUCUGACUCGAUGUCCAUUGACGGGGGUUUGUCAGUGCCCGGUAUGGGCCACUACAGCGCCACACUGGACCGUCCUUACAGACAGCCUGUAGUAGACUACCCCACGGCCACAGUGCCCAGAAACUACCACUACGGGCCUGUAGGGGCUUACGAUGACUACAGGGGAGGCCCACCACCAGAUGCUUACACAAGCCUGAGCAGGGGCGCACACAUGGAUGACCGCUACAGGCCAGUUGAUGGCUACAGGACCCUGGACUCUGGUUACCGGGCCCCGAGUCGUCAGCAGCUUGACCCGUACGCAGCACAGCCACAAGUGAGCCGGGGAAUGAGGGCCCUGGGCUCAGCGUUGGAGAUGCGGUAUGGCCAAGGCCACUAUGCACUGGAGGAUGACCAGCGCAGUGUGGGAUACGAUGAGUACGGCAUGGGGCCUCCACCCAUGCACCCUGGAGGCUAUGGCACCAUGCCACGCCUAGGGCCCGGCCCCGGCGGUAUGGACAGACGAAGACUCAGGAGCUGUGAAGAUACUUUGGACGGUGACAUGGGAGGUGUUGAUCCUUAUGCCUGGGGUGUUCCCAUGACGAUGGAGAGGGGGAGCAUGGCUUCGCUGGACAGCACACUGAGGAAGGGUCCGCCCGGCUCAUGGAGACAGCCGGAGCUGCCUGAGGUCAUCGCCAUGUUGAACUACCGUCUGGACCCUGUCAAGACCAACGCUGCCGCCUUCCUCCAGCAUCUCACAUUCAAAAACGAUAAGGUUAAGUCAGAGGUGCGUCGUCUGAAGGGAAUCCCGUCCUUGGUCUCACUGCUGGACCACCCGAGCAAGGAUGUGCACCACUCGGCCUGUGGCGCACUAAAGAACAUUUCAUACGGGCGAGACCAAGACAACAAGAUCGCCAUCAAGAACUGCGAUGGCGUGCCCGCUCUGGUCAGGUUGCUGAGAAAAACCCGCGACCAGGACCUUACUGACACUAUCACAGGCACCUUGUGGAACCUCUCAUCCCACGACUCAGUAAAGAUGGAGAUCGUGGACCACGCCCUGCAUGCCCUCGCCGACGAGGUGAUCGUCCCUCACUCUGGCUGGGAGCGAGGGAGCAACGGCGGAGAGGAGAGCUGCAAACCACGCCAUCUGGAGUGGGAGACCGCCUUGACCAACACUGCUGGCUGCCUUAGGAAUGUGAGUUCAGAACGCAGCGAGGCCCGGCGAAAGCUGAGGGAGUGCACAGGAAUGGUUGAUUCACUCAUGUACAUUGUCCAAUCACAGAUCAACCGCAAAGAUGUUGAUAAUAAGUUGGUGGAGAACUGCGUCUGCCUCCUGAGGAAUCUGUCCUAUCAGGUUCACCGUGAAGCCCCCGGCAGCGAGCGCUACGCAGAGAGCGCGCCCAUCAACCAGGGGCCAGCCCCCACUAAUAAAGGCGGCUGCUUUGGCUCUCGAAAGGGCAAAGAUGAGUGGUUUUCCAAAGGAAAGAAGGAUGGAGAUGAUGGAAGUGGAGAUCAGGUUGACAUUCCAAAGAGGACAACACCUGCCAAAGGUUACGAGCUGUUGUACCAACCAGAGGUGGUUCGUGUUUACACCUCGCUGCUCAGAGAGAGCAAGAACCCCUCGGUGCUGGAGGCCGCUGCCGGUGCCAUCCAGAACCUUUGUGCCGGCCGAUGGACGUAUGGGCGCUAUAUCCGGGCCACCGUGCGCCUGGAGAAGGGUCUCCCAAUGAUGGCAGAGCUGCUGGCUCAUGGCAACGACCGCGUGGUUCGGGCAAUGUCCGGAGCUUUGAGGAACCUCGCCAUCGACAACCGCAACUGCGAACUGCUCGGUUUGCAUGCAGUGCCUCACCUUGUGGCCAACCUGCCUGGAGGCCAGAGUCAGUCUGGACGCACGCUGUCAGAGGAGACGGUGGUUUCUGUACUGAGCACGCUCGCCGAGGUGCUAGGCAACAGUCUGGAGGCAGCAAAGACUCUCCGAGCCUCGCAGGGCAUUGAGAGGCUGGUGCUUAUCAACAAAGACGGUAAACGCUCAGAUCGCGAGGUGCGAGGUGCCGGCCAGGUGCUGCAGCUCGUCUGGGCCCACAAAGAGCUGCGCCGGCCUCUUGAGAAAGACGGCUGGAAGAAGACGGACUUCAUGGUCAACCUGAACCCCAACGGCAGCACCACCAACGGCCCGAGCACCAGAGCCAACGGCACCUAUGAAGACAGCACCACGCCACUGCUAGACAGAGGGGAAAAGAGGGACAUGAUUCCACUAAAUGACCUCGGCCCUGAAGCCUACUCUACACUGGACCAGAGGGAGAGGAGACACACUCUGGAUGAAACCACAGACACUUUAGCGCGAGGGGUGUAUGGGGGCAGAAAGGGGUCCUUGCCCCUGUUGGACUCCUACGAUGGUUAGCCCUCCCCCCCUCCCCUCUACCCUCCCUCUGCAUGUAACAGCAUGAAAAACUGAUAGUGUGCAUCACCCAGACUGGGCCGUCCCUGCCCUACCACUGCUACUGAGGAGAGAAAAUCCAGAUGCACAGACUCUCUCCCCCUCGUCCCCCCCGCCCUCCCCUCUCUUCCCCUUCCUCUCCUCUCUUUCUCUCUAUCACCACACAGAUGGGAUCAGAAGAUGAGGGUUGGCAUCCAAAGAAAGUGGCUGUGUUGCAGGCGAAACGUUUCAUGCAACACGCGUACAGAUACUUAAACAUCUACUUUUUACAAAUUCAUUCAAGUGUAGCAACAAAAAAUAUAUAUAUUCAGUUUUUUUAAAUUAUGAUUCUUCUGUAAAGGCAAUCACCUUUGUUGACAAUCAUUUAAUUCUGGUGUUGUCAUCCUGCUUCUUUUUAUUUCUUUUCUUGCUGUUAACAUUUUGGUAAAAAAAAAUUUGUCACCGUCAUGACACGUUUGCUGCCAACGCCCGCAUCCUGAUGAUGAAUUUGUACGUAGACUUAUAUGUAGGGUAUAUACUGUAUAUAAAAAGAAAAAACGGGGAUGACUGCUUUAGUUUUGGCUCAUUAAUUUAAAUUGUCCCUUCAGUGGGAAUGUUGGGAGGUUGGGACAAGCUGACGGCCGCCCCCUGUAGAUUGAGAAUGUUGUUUAUAUAGGAGUUAUUUUCCUGUCUAGAGUUAUUUUCUCUCGGUUGGGAACGAGCACAGGUGUAGAGCAGAAAGGGCAGGUGUGUGUAUAUUUGUCAUACAGUAAGAACCUGUGGCCGUGAGAGUGAGUGUAGAAAAUGAAUAUGGACCUUGGAGUGAGUGUGUUUUUGUGUGUGUGUGUGUGCACGGACCAGACCCAUAAGACCAUGUUUUAUUAUUUCAUCCGUUCAUGUUGUCAGUUUUUAAUCUCGUGCUCCUACUCCUGUGACUAAACAUUGUUGUUUUUGUUUAUGUACCAACUGCCUCUCUUUGUUUUUGAUACCUUACUUUCCAGGUUUGCUUUUUUUUUUUUUUUUUCUUCCUCCAGCGAAAAAGAAAAUUACUUUUUGAGACUUUUUCUGUCUGCCCAUUUAGCCGACCACAGUUGGUACUCCAAUGCAAAGCUGGGAACAAACACUACUAAGCCACUAAAGCUUGCUGACAUCCUGCUUCGGAUGCAUUUCCUCGCAUCUUAUUCUUUAUUUAGAAAGUAACUAACACUUCACAAGGAUCUUUGUAAUAUUUCUCUACUACAUGACUUUUGCAAAAGAAACACUUUACGAUGCGAGGCGUCUACACUCAGAGGAGGCUCAAGUUCUAACAGACAGAUUGGGGAGAGAAACUGACUUGUAAUUUAAUUUGGGAGCUGGACAAAAAGCACAUUUUUCGUCCAUGAUCCAUGUUUUGUUUUUACCUUUUUUUAAUUUUUUUUAUUUUCUCUCUUUGCGUCUGGUUUGUUUGUAUUUUAUUUCGGGGGUUUGUAUGUAUGGGGAGUGGUGGGUGAGAGCAUUAUGCAAUUUGUUCGACUUUUUAGUUCCAGUUUUACCGCCGAGUUUGUUCUUAAGGCAAAAGAGACCAAUCAUCUUUGUUUUUGUUUUUUUUUUGUUACUCUCCACUCAGUAUAUUUGUAAUGUUGCCUAUCCAUGUAAAAUUAUGAUGUACCAUUCAUACCUGCCUUGGCUCUGAGAAGUUGCUUUUUUCAGUAAAAGUAUGUAACUGGUAAUACUGUUGUUUUUUAUAAAUAAAGAUCUUUUCUUAGACAAGA